AUAAACUAGUCCAGCGUGACAACUAGAUUGCUUCAGACCUGCCACCCGGGUUCGCAAACGGGAAAGCCACAGUUUGACCCCCGCGGCCCUUGAAUCAUUUAUUGCAAUUUAGCAAGCUUUAAACUUUGUCAAACGGGGGUUUUACUGUUGGGGUAUUCAAGCAGACUUCAGCUUCGAAGUCUGGACAUGGGCUCCACGCGUUGAACACAGAGGUGCAGGCGCUGCCUUUACCUUGAGUGAAAGGGUCACAACAUGGAACCUUUGACGACGCUGGAAGGGCUCAAAACCCGGACACUGAAGUAUGGAGACACGGUGUUUUUCAAGGUUGAUGGCAAGGAGGCGUUCGUAUCGGCGAAUGACCGGAUGACUCCACAGAUUCGCACUGAGGAGCUGAGCCGCGAUGCUGCGGAGAUGGCGACGGGGCCUGCGGAGCUGAUGCCCCCAGACCUCAAGGACUGCAUCUUUGAGGUGACUCGCAAGUUCCAGUACACCCAGAAAAAGAUGCUGAUCAACCAGCUCACCACCGUGGGGCUGGUGCCCGAGGAGGUGUUCGCUGAGGUGAAGGAGGACGGCCCCGACGCGGACGGGAACUUCCAUGAGUACCUGCUGUCGCACAAGAGCAUCCGAAGCAAAGAGCGCAAUGCGCUCAUGAAGCUGUUCCGCGGGUACCGCAACGAGAAGAAGACCAAUGAGAGUGAAUAUCUGCAGAUCGUGGGAGACAGCAUCCUAUACGGGCAGACGUUCCAGCUGCGCCACGUGGACACCAACAAGUUCCUCACCAUCAAGCGGACGGCCGCUGAUGUGGAGGUCCGCGCGCUCAAAGUGGUGCUGGACGAAGGCGGCGACGAGGGCUCCUGGUUCCAGGUGUUCUCCGGCUACCGCACCAAGGCGGAGGGCAGCCGGCUGGAACCAGGCGACGUGAUUGCGCUGAAGGGCCUGGCAUUCAGUCCCGGCUCCAAUUCGCAGUCGGAGUGGCCGGGCCUGCACGUGUCGUCCAUCCGCAUCGAGGACAUCAAGCGGGAGGACAUGCUGCCGGUGGAGAAGAAUCCCUACCUCACUGCAUCCAAAGAGGUGUCCGCGGCGCCCGAGGUUAGCGCCUUCAAAGUGAUUCCAUUCGCUGUCCACGAACGCAGCACCAGGCUGGACCCACCCCUGAACGAGCGCAUGCGCGGCAUGAGCUCCAUUUCCAUCCAGGAUCUGGUGGCCAACACCAUCUACAUCAACUUCCUGGGCGCGUAUGAGAAGUUGGAUGGGGAGAAGUCCCAGAAGGUGCUUUACUUCGAGAGCCCCAUGACGCGCAAGGACCCCGACCGCGUGAGCGGCCCGGACUGCUGGCGCGUGGAGCUGGUGGAGCCAGAGGGCAAAUGGUGUGGCAUGCCGGUGAAGCACAUGAGCAAGGUGCGCAUCCGGCACCUGCCCACUGGCAUGUACCUGGCUGCCAACAGCGAGAAGGCCAAGCUGGAGGCCAAGCGCUCAGACAUGGACCGCCGCGGAAAGAUGGAUGACCUGGAGCGCAAGCGCAGCGGUGCCGGCGGCGCGCGGCGCAAGGAUGGCAUCAUGGAGCAGGAGGAGGCGCCGGAGGCGCCCGAGCCACAGGUGCCGGUGACGCCCGGCGGCGUGGAGCAGGCGCUGCGCAGCGCGGUGGCCACGGACGCGGACGUGCUGCAUGAGGAGGGCUACCGUCUGGUGCUGACGCACCGCUACGCGGUUCCAGCCACCACGUGGCAGGUGUACACCGUCCAGGGCCCUGAUGAGCCGGUCGGUCAAAAGCUGUACGCCUUCUUCAAGCACGUGGAGACUGGCUUCUGGAUGAGCGGCGCUGGCCCGGCCAUGCCCGCGGACCCCAAUGAUGACAUGGAUGACGACCAGGAGAUGCAGUGGUACCCCAUCGUGCAUCCCAAGAAGCUGGAGCGCAACGUGAUGCAGGUGGUCGUGGUGCCGGACGACUUCACCAAAAAAGUCAUGGAGGUGCAACGCGUGGCCGCUGUGAUCCGUUCCGUGAGCAAGGAGCUGAAGCGCACCAUGCGCAAGGACAAGCUGCCCAGCGAGGAGGAGCUGAUUGCACUGGUGCAGGCUGGCGAGGAGGAGAAGGCGCUCGCGGUGCUGGGUUCCACGCAGUACGCCAUCAAGUUCAAGACGCGGCACAAAGCGCUGAAGCGGGCGCUGCGCGACCUGGUGUACUGGUUGGACAAGGACUCCUGGGCGGACACCAUCGACUCAGCACCGCACGCCGAGUACCAGGCGGUGUUCCGGGAGCUGGGCCUGUUUGAGCUGAUUGUGGUGUACAUGGAGGCGGCGCGUGUGCGGCUGUUCGCAACGUCACAUAAGCUGCGCAGCCACGCGCUGCUAGGCAAGCUGGUGGUGGACACCGGCCGCAUGUGCCACCGCAUCCUGCAGCUGGCCUGCGUGGCCUGUGAGGACAACCAGGAGCACAUGAAGAAGCAUGAGGGCAUGGUCCAGUUGCACCUGUCGCUGCCGCUGACGGCGCCUGACACGCUGGCGGCUAUCUACGAGGACAACAUGCAGAUGAUGCAAAACGUGUCCCGCGAGGUGGUGCAGGCGGCGGUGAGCCUGAUCCGCCUGCACGGGCAGCAGCCCCGCUUCAUCAACUUCCUGCGCCAGAUCAGCGGCACCCGCGAGAGGCCCAUGCCCAACAACCAGAACUGGAUUAUCAGCGAGAUUGUGGGCAAGGGCCGCAACCCGCUGGAGAUCUUCUGUCGGGCGGGCAUGCAGAAGCGGCACGACAAGAGGGGCCAGCUGAUCGACACCUGGAUCAUCAGCUGCAAGCUGGACGGCACGGCGCGGCCGGUGGAGGAGGUGGACGCAUCAAGCUUCAGCAACGACCCCGAGGACCUGACCAAGGCGGCCAUCAAGGAGUGGGACCUGUCGGGUGACGAGGAGGGCAACGCGCCGCGCGACCUGUUCAUCUACUACUGCUACACGUUGAAGUUUAUCGUGUCGCUGUGCUACGGCCGCAACAGCCUGGUGCGCGACCUCAUCCUCCAGGCCUCGCAGGACUACGGCCUGGGCCUGGAGUUCGACGGGCUGCUGGCGGCAAUCCACAACGAGAACCUGCCCUUCGGCCUGCGCAGCUACAUGGUGCAGGUGAUGCGCGCGCUGUACCUAGACGUGGAGCCCUUCCAGCCGCUCAAGCUGCCGCGCCACAUCCGCAUGAUGACCAAGUCGGCGGCCGACAACCAGUCUGUGCUGGGCCGCACGUCCACGCCCGAGGACAUGGCACGCAUCAACCAGCUCAUCGUCACCACCUCGGACUACCUGAAGAUGAUGGCGGAGGUCAAACCGCACCGCUCCAUGUUGGACAAGGUGGAGGACGCGGUGGAGGGCGCGGUGGACGGCGCGGUGGACGCCAUGAAGAGCAUGCUGGACAUGCCGCCCACCACGCCCAAGGGCGGGAACGUCGACGAGGAACUUGUCAUUGACGACGAGGAGCGCGCUCUGCGUACGGUGGGCCGCAACACGCUCCUGCUCAACCAGCUCAAGUUGACCAGGGAGCUGUUCCGCUUUGGCAUGAUGAACCUGGAUGACAAGAAGACACAGGACCUGCUGAAGCAGCUGCUGGACAUCAUCCAGCUGGUGGACGCCAUGCCGCUGGACAACCUCGCUCGCUUCAAACGCGGGUACGCCUCCAAGGUGGUGAUGGACAUGAAGAAGACGGCGCUGUCCAUCAUCGACUUCGCGCUGGAUAUGAAGACGGAGCUGCACUGCGCCGGCAUCUUCACCAAGUUCGGCGAGUGGCAGCGCAGCCCCAAGCGCCAGGCCUACUGGGCCAAGAAGCGGGGCACGCAGCAGCCAAAGGCACGCAGCAGCGGCGCCGGUGUCCUGGGCCUGGCGCGAGCUGCAGGGGGCUUCAUGGGCGGCAUUCGGUCGGCCGCCACUCUGGCCGGCAACAAGGUGUCGCCCACCCCAGGGCCGUCUUCAGCCCACGGCUCAGACCCGGAGGCACCGCCGCCCAAGGACGGCAGCGCGCCAGCGGAGACACCGGACGACGGCAUGUUCGACUGGGUGCGUGCAGCGGAGGAGGUGAUUGCGCGGGACAAUGAUGAGGACGACUUCGUGCUGUUCAAGCUGGACACCAUCGAUGACAAGGAGCCGCUGUACAAGCAGGAGAGCUCGUGCAUCAUGAAACUGCUGGACCUGGUCAGGUACGAGGACAAUGACCUGACCGCACGCACAUUUGCGCUGAUCGAGCGGCUGACCAGCAAGCGCGAGAAGCUGCUUGGCGAGCUGAUGCGCACGUUCGUGGUGACUGAUGAGGACCUGGUGGCGCUGGCGGAGGUGGCGGGCAACCACAUUGAGGAGGCGCAGAAGGCGUACAACUACAUGGGCAGCCUGGACGUGGAGCGCAGCAAGGACGCCUGCCAGGCCGCCACCAAGGCCAUCGACGGCCUGAACAGCCUGCUGAUGGUGCACAAGCACGUGAUCACCGGCCCCAACGACAGCGACCGCGUGUUUGUGUCCCGUGCCACCGCGAUCAACUGCCAGUUCCUGCUGAGUGACAUGCAGGUUCACCAAAUGGUGAUCAAGUUCCUGAAGCUGCCGCUCAAGCGCAAGUCGGGCGACCUAAAGAACCAGCUGCGGGAGGUGGAGGACCCCAACCGCAAGGAGGUCUUCCGCGCCUGCCUUACGUUCCUGCGCAAUUUCAUGGUGGUGGGCGACCUGGACGGCAGCACCUCGUGCGCGCCCUCCAGCGCCAACCAAGCGGCGGUGCUGCCCUCGCUGGAGCUGCUGCUCUCCUUCCUGGACACGCAGGACCUGCCCGCCAGUGACACAGUCAUCGCGCUGUUUGUCAAGAACCAGUCGGUUGCGUCCAAGGAGGGCCUCAAGGUCAUCCGUACGUUGCUGCAGAAGCUUAUCCCGCGCUACGGCGAUAAGCGCAGCGCUGGCUGGCUUGAGAUGCUCAGCAAGGUCAUGGUCGUGGACGGGCAGCACAUCAAGCGCAACCAGGCGGAGGCAAUGCAGCGCAUCUCCCAGAACGAGGAGAAGGUGCUGUUCCUGCCCGCUGACGACAACCGCGAUGCCGAGCUGCGCGGUCUGCUGGCGGUUGAGAAGAUGACAGCCAGCCCCACUGCCGACCCGCCCGUGGGCCGCCUGGCUUACCACACCGCCUGCGUGCAGCUGCUGGCGGACUGCUGCAUCGGCAAGGAGCCGGAGCUGGUGGUGAAGGCGUCCGGCUACAUGAGCCUGAAGGACGUGGUGGACGUGCUGCUGCUGCGGCCCUGCCCCAAGUGGUCGGCUGCCAGCCUGCGCUACAUCCAGCGCGGCUACUGGCGCCUCAUGCUCACCUGCUACUUUGCCACCGACACCGACAACACCAAGGUGCAAGUUCGGGAUGGCUCCAACCGCAUGUGGCCGCUCACCGAUGAAGCCGCCGCGGACGGUGGCGGCGGCGGUGGCGACCUGCUGAUGCGCCGCUACCUGGAGAACGCCGCGCCAGGCGGCGCCGGCAGCCGCGCCGCCACGGAGGAGUCCUGCUCCAGCCUAAUCCAGGCGGUGAUGGACGAGGUUGAGCGCGCCAUUGAGGAGCCCAUGAACGCGCUGGAGGACGCCGACAGCGCCACGCACUACCUGGUGACGGCGGUGUUCCCGGCACUGAAGGAGUACUUCAUGAACCACUGGCAUGGCCACGCCGGCAAGCUGGCCGUCCGGCCCGACGCCCUGCUGUCGUCCAUGUUCGACAAGAUUGCCGCCCUGGAUGACCAGCUCAAGGCGCUGAAGGACAAGGGUAUCGGCCAAUCGCUGAAGUCGGAGCUAAAGAUGGCCCGCACCAGCACGCGUGCGCUGCUGAAUGCGAUGCCGGAGGAGUGCAACAACACCGGCAAGAACUACAACACCAAGCCGAUGGCCACCAAGUCACAAGCGCCCGGCAAGGAGUCCGCGCCGUCAAUGUCGCAGACCACCGCAGUGGUGGCCAAAAACCAGAAGGCCGUGCAGGAGGACUGGCGCACUUUCGUGUGCAAGCUGGCCGAGAUGAUCAACGUCAUGAUCAACCCCCGCACCAACGAGAUUGUGGAGGUGCUGCACCUGAACAACGCCUUUGGUGCGGCCGUGGCGUCGCUGCGCAUGGAGGGCAACCCCACGUUCGAGCAGGCCUCGCUGCUGCGCAUGGCCCGACUGCUUGCCGCGCCGUUCGGCUACGGCGUGGCGGGCUCUAACCCGGGCAUGUCGUUUGAAGACCUGAUCGAGAUGCUCUGCAAGCUGCUGGGCAGUCGUGACAAGCGCAAAAAGACCGUGGGGCCCAGCGACUGGAAGCUGCCGCUCAUGGUCAAGAUGGUGCGGGUGAUCCGCGGUGCGCUGAUGCUGGAUGACGGCCACGGAGCGGAGGAGCUGUCACAGAUGCGCGACGCGUGGGCGCACAUGGGGCUCCUCAAGGUUGCUGGCAAGCCGAUUGACAUGGACGACAUCAACGAGCCGCCGCAGGAGCUGGUGACAUGGCGGCAAUCCAAGUUUGACAAGCUGAGCGCCACCAAGGCGGCGGUGACGCUGCUGGCGCACAGCGCCAACGAGGUGCAGUUCGAGGCUAUGCAGCUGCUGGAGGAGCUGCUGCGGGGCGGUAACACGGCAGUGCAGGGCACGCUGUUUGAGAUCAUGAAGCGCGGCAACGACCUGUCGGAGAGCGUGUUCGCCAACCUGAUGGCGGUGUUUGAGAUGUGCCGCAAAUACGUCUCCAAGCGCGACUACACGUACAAGUCCAAGCCGGUCAAGAAGGAGGCUAACAUCGUGGAGGACGCGGCCAAGGUGGUGGCUGGCGCCGUCGGCGCCGUUGUCGACACGACCAAGCUAAUUGGCAACAAGCUGAUGGAGGGCGCCCUGGCUCUGGAGGUGGCGGUGCCCGGCUUGCAGCGCACCGUGGACAGCCUGGUGCCUCCGCUGCCGCCGCAGCCGCCCAGCCACCAGAACAGCGGGCGCACCCACCCAGGACCGGCACCGCCCAGCCACAUGGCCAGUGGCCUCAGUAACGCUGGGCCGCCUUCGGGGCCGGGCAGCCGCCGCAGCAGCAACCACGGCGGCGGCUCGCCCGCGGACCCCAUGGCGCGGCAAGACAGCGUGCGCUCCAACGUGCAGCUGCCUGGAGAAACCGGCGCCGGCGCUGAAGCGGACCCGGAGGCCGCCGUGCCGCCGCCCCCGCCCCUGCAGCAGGAGCGAUCCGCCAGCCGGCUCGAUAAGCCGCCCUCAAUCAAGCGCAACUCUUUGUCUAUUAAGGAGCGCACCUCGCGGUCCGGCGCCCUGCCGCCGCUGCGCCGGAGCAAUGAGGGCGGCGAGGACACGGGCUACACAGGCCCCGGCCCCAUUGCGGAGGGCGUUGAGGACGCGGCGACGACGCAGAAUGGCCCUGAGGAGGCUGACGACGAGGACGAGGAGGAGAUGCAGUGGCAGGACAAGCCACCGCGCCUGAACCACGCGGACAGCCCGUAUGAGUUCUGCAAGCUGGUGCUCAGCGUGCUCAGGCAGAUGGUGGAGGGGCACUACACCAACCUACAGAAGCUGCUGCAGCGCCAGCCCAACACCAUUGCGCCGGGCUCCAACGUAGACCUGCUCAUGCAGGCGGUGGACCUGUUCAACGUGCUGCAGGACUAUGUGGGCAUCUCGCUGGAGGUCGGCGACAGCGAGGUGGCAGACCUUAUGAUGGGCGUGUGCAUGUUUGUGCAGGAGAUGGUCCAGGGCCCCUGCGAGAGCAACCAGGCGGCGCUGGCUGCCACCAGCUUCCUAGCGGUGUGCAACCGCAUAUUCGACAACAUGCGCUACACGGAGGAGGCGACGGAGAAGGCGGAGAAGAUGCUGGCGCACCGGCGCGCCAUGCACUACAAGUGCGCCAUCAAGACGUCCGUGCUCAAUCUGCUGAUCAGUUUGCUGGAGCACAGCGAGAAGCCCGACAUCCCCGACCGCUGCGCUGACAUCCUGGAGUUUGCCAACAUCGAGCACCAGAUUGAGGCGCUGUGCCGCGUGCUGGGCAUGAACGGUGACCUAGCGCUGUUCCCCACGGAGGAGGACCAGGAGGAGUGGGAGGCCGGGCACCCUCCGGAGGACCAUGAGCUGUGCGGCAUCAACAAGCGGCUGUCAGGCGAGUUGCUGCUGCUGUGCGGCUACGUGCUGAAGCUCAACUCGGUGCGCAAGCAGGCGCCGGGCAUGGUGCGCAUCCUGCCCUACAUCGACAAGCUGUAUCAGGGCGAGGACGUGGAGAAGAUGGAGGAUGAGCUGGAGCAUCGCGUCAGCUUUGCCGCUGAUCUGCAGGCCUUCCUGCGCAAGCACUUAGGCUAUGUGGAAAUCCAGUGGGGCAGCUUCGUGGAGCCCUGCUUCUUCACGCUCACGGCCGAGUGCUCCGAGCUGGUGGACAAGGCGGUGUGGACUAAGGUGACGCUGGACCGGCUGCACAACACCGUGUCGCCCGACAGCCGCCAGUUCCACGCAGUCAAGGCCGCAGAGCUGGUGGAGGUGCUGGUGGAUGUGGUUGACGACAUUGAGCUGGAGGCCAAGCUGACUCAGAACAAGUGGCUCAAGGUGGUGUCGGUGCUGGGCCAGUACCGCAUGAAGCUGCUGGAGCUGACCUUCUACCUGGCCGUGGCCACACUCAUCUUCCAGGCGCUGGCGGACGCGCGCUGGGGGCCGCACACGCCCUUCAAUGAGCGCGGCCAGAGCUGGGAGACGGUGGUGCUGUCGGUUGCCGUAAUCUUGCAGUCCACCUGCACCGUGCUGCUGUACAUCUCCAUGUGGUACACAGACUUGAACAAGCACUUGAACAAGAUGAUGCCAGAGGUUGCGGAGAAGCUGUCCAACAUUGCUCACAACGUCCGCGACUUCUUCAACCGCAGCGGCGGUGACGACGAGAAGGGUGGCCGCGGCAAUGGUGGCGGUGCCGGCGGCAAGGGCGGCCGGGGCAACGACAGCGCAGCCUCUGCCGCUCCGCAGGCUGCGGUUGAGAAACUGAAGCUGGCGCCGCCCCCCGAGGGCCGCCGGCGCAAGUGGACUGACUACAUCAAGAUUGCGCUGUCCUUCAUUAUCAGCGUGGUGACCAAUGGCAAGUUCUGGUACUUCUCCAUGCUCAUGGCGGCCUCGUUUGCGGGCUUCUUCGUCAGCCCAUUCUUCCUGGUCUUCCACUUCUCCAUCUACUUCCUGGACUUCGACAGCGGCCGGCAGCUGGUGCUGGCCAUUCAGCGCAGUGGCAUCAACAUCCUGAACACCUUUGUGCUGGCGGUGCUGGCCAUCUACGUGUUCGCGGUGGUCACCUUCCUGGUGUUCAAGGACCCCACGCGCGUCGACAAGGGCGACGGUCCUCCGUGCGACACCUUCUAUCAGUGCAUGGGCGCGCACAUGCUCACGGGCAUCAUGGGUGACAUCUCCAACCUGUUCAACUCUGACUUGUGGGACACCGUGCCCGAGGCUGUGGACAUGGACGGCCUGCAGCAGGCUCGCACCAUCUUUGUGCUGUUCUUCUUUAUGAUCUGGAACUUCGUCCUGUCGAACAUUUUCGUUGGUCUUAUCGCGUCCGCCUUCGAGGCCAUUCGUGACGACCAGAACACCAUCACCACCGACCGCCUGUCGCGCUGCCUGGUGUGCAGUAUCGAGAUGUACGACUUCAACCAGAAGAUUGAGGGUGGCUUUGACGAGCACAUUCUGCAUCAGCACAACCCGCUGAUGUACGUCUUCUUCCUGCACCACCUGCGUGCCACCGAGAAGGAGGACUACACGGGCGCUGAGAGCAUUGUGUCCAGCACCCUGACGAACGCUAAGACGUCCACGUCCAAGGGCGCCUGGCUGCCGGUGGACCGUUCUUUGGCCAUUGAGCACGCGGAGCAGAUGGCGACGCAGGAGAAGGCGCUGGCGGACGCCGCAAAUGCAAAGAAGGACAGCGGCGCUGGGGCGCAGUAAGCGCAGCGCUUUGGGUGCAGUGCAGGGCACGGAAAUGGGGAAGAGUGCUUGACGUAACGGAUGGGGGAGGGUGUGGUACAGUGUGACAUAGAAGGUGCAGGGCUAAACUUUGGAAACCUAAUGGAAAUGGCCUGUGGUGACUAUUCUUGCCUGUACAAACCGGCCCCGGCUAUGUCCGGGAGAUGAGAUAUGCACCGACGUCCUGCGCGCGCAGCUCACUUUUCCCUUGAGAGAGAGACCCUUUCUUUGGCUUUGAGAUGCAUUGCGAGUCUUUCUGGACGUAUGUAGUGACCCUAGUAAUUGCCGUGAUGAAUCAUACUUGAGUGAAAUGGCCUAGCUUGCACACAGGUGACCUCAAUCCUUGCCUCAUUCCAUUUGCGACCGGCUGGACAUUCAACACUGCAUCGUGAAUGCGCUCAGAAGCUGCAUGCGGGGGGUUCUAUAACUUAUUAUCCAUUUGAGAUUGUAUGAGCAUGGGUUCAUCUUGUCAUGUAAUACACAGAUUGGAAGACGUGUCCCCGUGUUGAUAUUGACGAGAAAGGUCUAGAUGACUGCAUGGCCGGGCGGGUGUAGAUGGAGGCGGGCAAUGAUGGCAGUCCUAGGCACAUGGACCUGUUCGGAAGCCUGGUUCGGACAUCACAGCUGCAUUCUUGUCUUGCACGGUGCUGGCUGCAGCUGUGGCGGGCGGCUGCCUGGGUUACGCAUAUUGUAUUCGGAUUUUCGGACCCCACUAGGGUAAAGUAACUGCAUUUGCAAACCGCGUGCACGCGAGUGCACGUGCACCAGCGGACGGCAUGACUAAUAAAUCGGGAGC